GAUAAUCGCGUGUCCAGGCUAAUACGAGGGGCUUAGCGAGUCGUGCGUAGUUUUGCAGGCUACCGGCAGCGUACACAGUGCAUCAGCUGCUGGUCGGGCCGGCGGCGGCGCCAAACCUCGGCAAAAAACCGACUCAGCAUCGAAAAGCUUUCCAAGAGCCGACAUGCGCGCAGCGCUCGCCCUAGCGCUCUGCGCGAUCCACGCUGUCAGCGAGAGAGAUGAACACGGGAUGCGCCAAGCCCUUCGCCUGGCGCGGAUGAGAGCGCCGCGCGAGAGGCGCAGCCCGGGCGCGGGCCGGGCGCAAGGCCGGACAGGAGGAAUGAGGGACUUCUACGGCGGCGCGAACCGCACGCGGCUCUGGCCCCGCACAAAGCACCUCCAACCGCUCCUGCCAACAGUCCCGACGGAGCACCUCUGGGCCGGCGGCUGCUGCGGUUUGGGCCAUCGCACGUCGCGAUUGAUGCGCUUGUAUGUGUACGCCGUGUCGCGCGGGCGCCAUGUCGUCGCGGACUGGGGCGCUUGUGUGGGUACGCCCGUGGCGAACCUCUUCUCAGCGCUGUUCGGCGACUGGAACGAGCUAAGAGCUGUCAAACCGCGCGAGAAUCAAUUAAGGAACCCGGGCUGCCCCUCGGGUGUUUGUCCCACUGGAAACGCGUUCAAGGAGGCCGCCAAGGCGAGAAGGUCGUUCUUCCCGAACGAGCCGCCCGAAGACUGGCAGCCGCCCGGCACGCGCGUCGAGAGCAAGCACCCCUCGAAAACGCUGUGGCAGGGCGAGUGGGGCCUCUUCAACCUCCAUUCUGAUAUAUUUAAGUACGCGGAGCAUUUUGCUGCAUCUAUGGUGAAGGCGCUGCGGCCGGAGAUCAAGGAACGACUGGAUGAAUUUAUACAAAAAGAGUUCAGUCCGCGGGGUAGAAGAAGAACGCGCAUCAUCGGCGUGCAUUUUCGCUUCGGGAACGGCGAGAAAUUUGGUAGAAGACCGGCCAAUUCGACACAUGUGGUGCUGAGGACGGCGGCGGCCGUCGAAAGGGUGGCCGCAGCAUUGGGCUACGAGAACGUGCGAGUGCUCGUCGCGACGGACGACGCGAGCGCGCUCGAUACGCUAAGAAAGCAUACGAAGCUCGACGUCUUCGCGCGGCCGCAGUGGCGGCCACCGCCCGGCGCCGGCAUCGUCUUUUCGAGUUGGCGCACGAAGGACCAUUUGGAUGACAAGAUCAAGGAGGCGACGGAGGCCGCGCAUAGGUCUGUGGUCAAAGACGCCAAUACCUGUGUGGGCGCGGCCGCCGACAUGCUCAUCGACUCGCUGCUGCUGGGCUACGCCGACGCGCUGGUCUUGCCCGUGCCCUCGACGUUCACGAUCCUCCCGAAGGUCAUGGCGCACUCGCGCGGCGCGCCGUCCUGCAUGUUUAUUGGAGAGACGUGGCGGGACCUGAACAUCAAGAAGCGGGAUCUGGAGCUGACGUGCGUCCGCCGCGACCGCGCGGGCCGCGCGUCAACCUCCCGUUUGACGGUGCCGCCGCAGGGCCGGGCGGACUGGCUCGGCGCGCGCUUCUGGUGAGCCGUGCGACCUUGUGUUGUGAUCCCUCCCCCCUAGUCCCCUCUCCCCCGUCUGGCGUAACCGGAUUGUGUCGCAUACGUCGCGUCGAUGGCGUAUCCGCACGAGGCGUCCG